UGGCGAGGGAGAAAACAUGACAGGCGUCCUGCUCCCCUGACGGUUCUCCGGGAUGCAGUCAUAGUUGUGAGGCCGGACAUGGUGUGAAUCUCGGGGGUCGCUGUGGUGGAUGCAGGAUGAUGUGCGCCGCACCCCUGGAGACAUCGAUAAGAAGAACACGGCUCGGUCCUUCAGUGCCCCACAGCACAUCCGGAUUUUUCCUAGACUGUGGUGCACAAUUUCCAGUAUGGCUGAAAAGACAAUGGAGCCGGGCUCCGUCAGCAUCCCCAUGGAGGAGACCAAGCUCCCCGGCGGGGCCCCCCAGGAGGCGCCGCUGCUCACCCACCUCAAGAAGGUGGAGAACCACAUCACCGAGGCCCAGCGCUUCUCCCACCUCCCACGCCGCUCCGCCGUGGACCUGGAGUUCAUUGAGCUCUCUUACACCAUCCGGGAGGGUCCCUGGUGGAGGAGGAGAGGUUACAAAGCCCUCCUUAAGUGUUUGUCUGGAAGAUUUAGCAGCAGAGAGCUGAUCGGCAUCAUGGGGCCGUCUGGUGCCGGGAAAUCCACUUUGAUGAAUAUUCUGGCAGGGUACAGGGAGACCGGCAUGAAAGGCACCAUCCUGGUGAACGGCCGGCCGAGAGACUUGAGGACUUUCAGGAAGAUGUCCUGCUACAUCAUGCAGGACGACAUGCUGCUGCCGCACCUCACCGCGAGGGAGGCCAUGAUGGUUUCAGCCAAUCUGAAACUGAAUGAGAGCAUGCAGGUCAAAAAAGAGCUGGUGGAUGAGAUCCUGACCGCUCUGGGCCUUCAGGAGUGUGCUCAGACGCGCACCAACGCUCUCUCCGGGGGUCAGUGCAAACGACUGGCCAUUGCUCUGGAGCUGGUCAACAACCCGCCCGUCAUGUUCUUUGAUGAACCCACCAGUGGCCUGGAUAGCGCGUCGUGCUUCCAGGUAGUUUCCCUCAUGAAGUCUCUGGCUCAGGGAGGAAGGACAAUCAUCUGCACCAUUCAUCAGCCCAGUGCCAAGCUCUUCGAGAUGUUUGAUAAGCUGUACAUCCUCAGUCAGGGUCAGUGCAUAUACAAGGGCACAGUCCCGUACCUCAUCCCUUACCUGAAGAACCUGAACCUCCACUGCCCCACGUACCACAAUCCCGCCGAUUUCAUCAUUGAGGUGGCGUCGGGGGAGUACGGAGACCUGAAUCAAGUGCUGUUCCAGGCGGUGCAGGGUGGGCUGUGCUCAGAGGAGGGCAAGAAGAACUCCAGGGACAAGAGCGACUCGUCCUGCCCCUCUCAGUGUCACAGUGACACGGGGACCCUGGAGAAGCACAGCUUUGCCACCAGUACAUUCACGCAAUUCUGUAUCCUCUUCAAAAGGACUUUUGUUACAAUAUGCAGGGACACGGUGCUUACUCACCUCAGGGUGAUGUCCCAUCUGUCAAUCGGAGUGCUGAUUGGUCUGCUUUACCUGAAAAUUGGAAAUGACGCCAGCAAGGUUUUCAACAACACUGGCUUCCUCUUCUUCUCCAUGCUGUUCCUCAUGUUUGCUGCGCUGAUGCCAACAGUACUAACCUUUCCACUGGAGAUGUCUGUGUUUGUGAGGGAACAUCUCAACUACUGGUACAGCCUGAAGGCGUACUAUUUGGCUAAAACUAUGGCCGACAUACCGUUCCAGGUGAUAUGUCCGAUCAUGUACUGCAGUAUAGUCUACUGGAUGACCGAACAGCCGCCGGAAGCCGGACGCUAUCUGCUUUUCGUAGCCUUGUCCACCUCCACAGCCCUGGUAGCCCAGUCGCUGGGUCUGCUGAUAGGAGCUGCGUCCACGUCCCUGCAGGUGGCAACAUUCGUGGGUCCCGUCACAGCCAUACCCGUCCUCCUCUUCUCCGGCUUCUUCGUCAAUUUUGACACCAUUCCCAAAUACCUGCAGUGGAGCUCCUACGUGUCCUACGUCAGGUAUGGCUUCGAGGGGGUGAUACUCUCCAUCUACGGGAUGAACCGGUCUGAACUGGAGUGUCCAGAUCCCAUCUGCAAGUUUCAGAAGCCGGAGGAGGUCCUGCAGCUGCUGGAUGUGGAGGACGCCAAGCUUUACGUGGACUUCAUGGUGCUGGGCGUCUUCUUCCUCAUCCUCAGACUGGCCACCUACUUCGUUCUGCGCUACAAAGUCAAGUCGGAGCGCUGAGGUUUCCGGACGCGGCCACUGGUGGAUCUGGAUGCUCGUGCAUAUCCCGACAGUGUGAGAUAGCAAGAAACCAUAUAGUCUCUCUUCCUCUGCCACAUAUACAAAGACAAAUCCGACACAUAUCAUCAUCAGAAAGCUGUGCUGCACCAUUACACAAACUGUACAGUAGAACACAGACUGGAGCUAUUUGCUAUUCAAGAAAAACUAAAUUAUAGUUAUCCUAUCUCCUGCCCGUUAUUAGUUGCCCACAAGGCAACAUAAUUCCUCAAAUUCCUCAAAAAACUAUAUACUAUUGUGUAUCUGCACCAUAAAUGAACACAACCUCCAACAAAGAACCAGACAGCAUGUUUGGAUCUGUCAUUUUUGUUAAAUUUGAGUCCCGGGCCGAAGCCUAAAGCGAAGCCUGGGGUCUGAAGUGGAGCCAUAUAACGCGUCUUGGUGCAGGAGUGUCCAGUAAACUGUAGCUUCUCAAUCCAGUGCCUGAGAAAUAAUCCCAGAUCAGCAUCCAAAUCCAGUGAAUUGGUACGUGAUUGCUCCAAACGCAACAAAAUCACCCAGGAGCGAGAUUUCCCCCUCUUCUGAGUGGAUGCUCUAACAACGGCUUAUCUCGCUCUCCCGCACGAUGGUCUUAUCAGAUGAAUUUGCCAAGAACCCGAUAACUUCUCCGAUAAAACCGACUGCCGGAGGACGACCUUCUCUGCUUUCCGUCUCCGGCGUGGAUUAUCUUUGCGGAAUUUCCCUCCCGUCACGGACGACGGACGGCGGUCGAACGUUCUGAAAAAGAGGGAUGAAGUCCUCGUGAAACUCUUUGGCAGAUGCGGCCCGAUGUGGAUCCGCCCCACGUGACCACACCUGCAAGCAGGCCGUCUCCUGCUGAACAUGUUUGUUUCUGCCAUGAACGAGGAAGCGUCUGGCAAAUCCGGAGCAAAAUGUGAAAGCGACGCUGUCUGGAGGGAAUCUGUGUGUGAGUGAAGUGCAAUAGCAAACAACAUACUGUUCUACAGUUUAAAAAAAAAAAAAAACAAACUCCUGAUGUUUCUCUAAUCAGUGUCACUGUUUUGACACGACUCUUUGAAAUGCUUGUUUCCACUCGUAUGACUCUAGCUGCCUCCUCCCUGAGCUGCGACCGGAAGCACCCUGGUCCCCCCCCACCCCCCCUUCCCCUCUCGUUCUCCCUGCUUUGCUGAUGUCUGACAGAUGUGUGUUUGUCCAAAAACAAUGCUAGAUACUUGAAAUGCUGGCUGGGCAGUUUUUUUGUGCCUCUAAACUAGAAUGAUAUGAGUUUCCUCCGCUUUAUUUGUUUGCACACACACCUCAUGUCUACUUACAUAUUGCUGGGCCCCCCCCACACACACACACACACAAACACACACAUACGCAUACACACACACACAUACGCACACACACAUACACACACAUUCACCUCAGCAAUGUUAGAAAAGCCUCUCCUAGUCACAAGGCAAUGCAAAUAUUUUCAAAUAGACUUGCUAUGAAAUAUUUCUUACUCAAACUAUGCUACUUAGUAAUCCUUAUUAUAAUGCAUAAAAAUAAUGUGAGUAUAUAAUCAAUGAUUGUACAGUGAAUAUGUCAUGCUGUAAACAAAUGUACAUUUGCACUUUUUUCUGUGUAUGUUUUUUUUUUAAUUUAUUUAUUUGUAUUUAAUUUUAUUUUUAUAUAUCCAUGUGACAAGUGCUGCUUCAAAGUAUAACGAGAAAACAGCAACUGACUGUUGCAUGUUCACUCUAGGAAUGAAAUUUAUGGAAUAUUAAAUUUCAACGUAUAGCAUCAUGAUUUUUAUUAUUAUUAUUAUUAUUUAUUUAUUUAUUUCACCCAAAUGUAAAGUAUCCAGGAAUGUCUGAGGACGUGCAAAGUCCUCUCCUCUCCAACAAAAUAUUUUUAGAAACUCUGGACUCGAGUGUGCGUCACUGCUGUGGGUAAAAAAAGAAAGAAGAAAGAGAAUAACGAUAAGAUGAAAGUGUGUGAAGUGUGAUAGACGGAGGAAAGUGAGGGUAAGUCAUUGAGUGCGUAAAGCGAGCGGCAGUCGGAUCAGUUAGCAGAUCAGUCAUUAAUGAUCGGCUUCACUCAGAGGCAGAAGUUUCGAUCCUGUCACCGAUAGCAAUAGUCCACAUUGUGAAGUUUCAUUGUUAUACCUCGACCGCAGUCCUCUGGCAUCCAUCAUGGCACACUUGUUUCUGUACUUAUUAUGUGCAAUAACCAUCCAAAGGUAUUUUCACUCUCCAGGAGGGAGAAAAAAAUGUGACGCUGCAAUCUGAAGUUUUUAUUUUUUGUUAUCUUAUAAUCUGAUUUUCAAUCUGAGGGACACGUGCAGCAUGACCAGAAGGAGAUGAGAGAGCGCCGUCUUGAGUUGGUGCCUCUGGACAGAUGUUGUGCAUUUUAACAUCAGACGUUGCCAAGAUUAUUGGUUCACAAGCCAGGCCAGAAAACGUGUAGCAUGGAGGGAAAAAUCCCGUCAAGGCAGUUUUUUUUUUUUUUUUCUCGAAGAUAUGUAACUCAGUCCUUAAAUUCUUUCAGAGGCAAUAAUAGAAUCCCUUUGAAUAUGACAUUACUGCAUGAACAGAAACACUCCAGCCCACAGAUAAUUAGCCGUGUCGGCACAGUUGUGCAGUCGGGGGAAGUUUGUCCAAAGGUUGAAGGCUUGUCGUACCAAAGGAUAAAAUAAUUGUCCUUCUUCUGCCCUGAACUGGGAGCAAUUAUUUUCCAGACUUCUCAUUUAGAAAGUGCAUGAUCCCAAAUAUACAUCCUACACUUCUAUGAUACUGUGCUGUUUCGGGAGGUUUCAUGACUGUUGUCUAUUCAAGCUCAUGAAAGUGACGAGAUCCAGACUGAUUAAAUUAUCAAGCAAAAUGAAACAUUAAGAGGUUUUAACGUUAAGGGGGACGCUGCUGCUGAUGGGUAGAUGUUCAGAUCAAAAUCUUCCACGGUCUUUUGACACUUACUUCCUUUUUUUUUUAACCUUUUCACAGCUUUGUCAGUUCAUCAUUAGUAGCCACCAGACCUUUGUGCACUCUAUCAUGCAUGGUAAAUAAUGAUAUGCAGGCUAUCCCUACAGAAAGCUUUUAUUUUCAAUCUGAUAAUGACUGAUGGACAUGGAGACUGUUUUACACCGAUUAUUGUUUUGUUUUUGUUCAUUUAAAAAAAAAAAACAUUUUCUGUUCAAUUUAUGGUUUCUCAACUCAAAAAAUGCAACUUCUGUAUACUGAACGCUGUUUCAAGGAUUAUAAUAAAGAAAAUUUAUAACCUU